AAUUAUUUAUAUGGUUUCAGCUUUGUUUUUAUUUGGAGUUUCUAACCUUGAUUGGCUUAUAAUUGACUUACCAUAAUAAUUUAAAAACCACACAUAUUUAAAUGAAAUUAUAUAGUCUAGAUUUAUGCUCAUGGCAUACUUUUUAAAUCCAGGUUUUGGUACUUGACAGGUUUUGAGUUCUGAUGUUGGUCUAAGCUAGAAGAAAAUCUUGGCUGCAAAAAAUUGCAAGCUUUGAGAGAUUUUUCUUAAAAAUGGAGGUGAUAGGGUUAAAACGGUUAUUCCUCUUGGUUUUGUGGUUGUGGAUUCCUAAGGAAGUUGUUGGAAUGAAUGGAACUACCAUUGGAAACUCUACUGUUUCUUCAAGACUCAGUGUUGUUAAAAUUGGAGCACUGUUUACUGUUGAUUCCGUCAUUGGAAGAUCAGCUAAACCAGGAAUCGUGGCUGCUAUUGAAGAUGUUAAUGUUAAUAAGACCAUUCUCCCUGGUAUUAAAUUGGAAGUUAUUUUACAUGAUACAAAUUGCAGUGGGUUUCUUGGAACAGUGGAAGCUUUGCAGUUGAUGGAGAAUGAAGUAGUUGCAGCUAUUGGUCCACAAUCUUCAGGAAUAGCUCAUGUCAUUUCUCAUGUAGUUAAUGAACUCCAUGUACCUCUUCUUUCAUUUGGGGCAACAGACCCAACUCUAUCUUCUCUGCAGUAUCCAUAUUUCGUCCGAACCACACAAAACGACUAUUUUCAGAUGUAUGCAAUUGCAGACAUUGUUGAUUACUAUAGAUGGAGGGAAGUAAUUGCCAUUUUUGUAGAUGAUGACAAUGGAAGAAAUGGAAUAUCAGUACUGGGAGACGCGCUAUCGAAGAAACGCGCCAAGAUCUCUUACAAGGCUGCUUUAUCUCCUGGAGCCACCGAGAGUGAUAUCGGUGAUUUGUUGAAUGGUGUUAACUUAAUGGAAUCAAGGGUCUUUAUUAUUCACGUUAAUCCUGAUAGUGGUUUGGUUAUUUUUUCCAUUGCCAAGAAGCUUGGAAUGAUGACUAGUGGCUAUGUUUGGAUUGCAACAGAUUGGCUUCCUUCAACUUUGGAUUCAAUGGAGACAGUUGACAGUAACACAUUGAGUCUCCUUCAAGGUGUUGUAGCUUUAAGACAUCACACUCCUGAUACUAAUCUCAAAAAGAGUUUUUUCUCUAGGUUGAAGAACAUGAAAGGCAUGGAAACUUCAAGCUUCAACUCUUAUGCUUUAUAUGCAUAUGAUGCUGUUUGGUUAGCAGCCUAUGCUCUUGAUACUUUUAUCAAAGAAGGUGGAAACAUAUCUUUCUCAUCUGACCCUAAGUUGCUUGACACAAAAGGAAGCAUGCUGCAUUUGUCUUCGCUCCGAGUUUUUGAAGGCGGUCCGUUGUUUCUCCCCACAAUUUUUAGAAUGAACUUCACUGGUUUGAGUGGUCAGAUUCAGUUUGACGCAGAAAAGAAUCUUGUUCAUCCAUCAUAUGAUAUCCUUAACAUUGGUGAUGCGGGUUCCCGGAGGAUCGGUUAUUGGUCUAAUUACUCUGGUCUAUCAGUUUUAUCUCCAGAAAAUUUAUACAAGAAACCUCCAAACACUUCAACAAGCAAUCAAAAACUGUUUAGUGUUGUGUGGCCUGGUGAAACUACAGCUACACCAAGAGGAUGGGUUUUCCCUAACAAUGGAAGGCAACUGAGAAUAGCAGUGCCUCAUAGAAUAAGCUACUUGGAGUUUGUUUCAAAGGACAAGAAUCCACCUGGUGUUAGAGGCUAUUGCAUUGAUGUCUUUGAAGCAGCCAUAAACUUGUUGCCUUAUCCUGUUCCACGACGAUAUAUAUUAUAUGGAGAUGGUAAUAGAAAUCCCAACUACAACCAGCUUGUCAAUGAUGUUGCACUAAAUAUCUAUGAUGCAACUGUUGGAGAUAUUACAAUUGUCCCAAACAGAACAAGGAUUUUGGAUUUCACUCAACCUUUCAUGGAAUCAGGGCUGGUAGUUGUUGUCCCUGUCAAGGAGAUCAAAUCAAGUCCUUGGUCUUUCCUCAAGCCAUUCACUGCUCAAAUGUGGUGCGUGACCGGCGCCUUUUUUCUUUUUGUGGGAAUUGUUGUAUGGAUUCUUGAGCACAGGCACAAUCCAGAGUUCCGUGGUUCGCCCAAGAAGCAACUUAUGACAAUCUUUUGGUUUACUUUCUCAACAAUGUUUUUCUCACACAGAGAGAACACUGUGAGUGGUCUUGGAAGAUUUGUGCUAAUCAUAUGGCUUUUUGUGGUGUUAAUUAUCAAUUCAAGCUACACAGCAAGCUUAACAUCCAUCCUCACAGUACAGCAGCUUUCCUCACAAAUUGAAGGAAUUGAUAGCUUGAUAUCAGGUACUCAACCAAUUGGAAUUCAAGAUGGUUCAUUUGCAAGAAGGUAUCUUAUAGAUGAACUCAAUAUACAACCAUCUAGGAUAGUUACAUUGAGAGAUCCAAAGGCGUAUAUCGAUGCUCUUAUGCGUGGACCGUCAGGAGGAGGGGUUAUGGCUAUUGUUGAUGAGCUUCCUUAUAUUGAACUCUUUAUGUCUAGUACCAACUGCAAGUUCAGAACUGUUGGACAAGAGUUCACUAAAAGUGGUUGGGGAUUUGCAUUCCAAAGGGACUCUCCCCUUGCAGUUGAUAUGUCAACAGCCAUUCUCCAACUCUCAGAGAAUGGUGACCUGCAAAAGAUCCAUGACAAAUGGCUUUUAAAACACGACUGCACUGCAAAAGUUGACGACGUUGAUUCAAACGAACUGUCUCUUAAUAGCUUCUGGGGUCUCUUUCUUAUAUGUGGCAUUGCAUGUCUCCUUGCAUUGAUUGCAUUCUCUGUUAGAGUGUUCUGUCAAUACAUGAAAUUCAUACCAGUGAGUGAGGAUAUUGACCAGGAAAAUCCACCAGGAAUCCCUGGAAUCAAACCUUCAAGAAGCUUCAAAGACUUGAUUGAUUUUGUUGAUACGAGAGAAAAAGAGAUUAAGCAGAUACUUAGGGAGAAGAGUAAGAAAAGGAGACGCAACCAAAGCUUAGAUGACCAAUUUAGUCCACCCACUUAAGUAAUACUAACAAUCAUAUGUAUAUUUUUUUGUACUUGUCUCUUUUAUUUCUUAUUUUGGCUUAUACCAUAGUUACAGUAUAGACACAAAUUCGUCUAUACUGAAAUAUUUAGAUUCCUUCCUUGUUGUCUUGGAAACUAUGGUUGUAAAAUUAUUAUUUAUACAGUAUAGAAAAAAAGGCAAGCAAUCUUGGUUUACAUUUCAAGCCAACA